AGCCGGCUUUCCACUUCCUCCAUUGGUGGUUUGAGACUCCAACAACUGAUUAUUCCUCUCCAGAUAAUUUUCAUUAACAACAUCGUCAAAUCGAGACGCUGCAAAAUACCUAAACAAUCAAGAUGUCUUAUGAAGAGAAUGAGUCCAAGUUUAUGCGAAAAGCAAAGGAGAAUCCAUUUGUCCCAGUGGGGAUCGCUGGAUUCUUCGCCAUUGUUGGUUACAGACUGCUGAAAUUGAAAAGUCGUGGAGACACAAAAAUGUCAGUGCACCUGAUCCAUAUGCGUGUAGCUGCCCAAGGCUUUGUUGUUGGAGCCAUGACUGUUGGGGUCCUGUAUUCAAUGUACAAGGAUUACAUCGUAAAACCCAGAGAACAGAAGGCAGUGGAACACAAGUGAACAUGGACUCAUUACACUUGAUAUCUUAUGUCCCUUAAUAUUGCCUCAUAUUAAGGUGUGUAGAACAUUUAUUUUUACAGAUGUGUCAUAUCUUUUGUAUGUGCACCUCUCUUCAGCAGCUCACCCUUACUGUAAAUAGUUAUAACUUAAUGAUUACUUUAAAGUUUGCAUUGUUUUCCCCACAUUUGCGUGGUUUUCUGCCCAGUUCUCCAGUUUCCUCCUACCAUCAAAGACAAGCAUAAUAGGGUUAAUACCCUUUUCAGCGCCCCUGACUAACUGUCACAAAGAACUGGAGUUUGUCUCUGGGCACUGAACUGUGGCUGACCACUACUCCGAGUGUGUGUGCAUAGGAUGGGUUGAAUACGAAGGAUCAAUUUCUACACAGGUAUUAAUAAUAAUGUACAUUAAAAAAUACACGUCUUACAGUAUCCUCUAAAUAGUAUACCAGAGGCUCUAGCUAUCACCUCUGUAUUGAGAAGGGGUAUUGAACUCAACUGUUUUGACACUGUGUCUUUGCAGCUGUAAAUCCAGUUGGUUUGAUAUCUGUGUGAGCAGGUGGCUUUAUUAAAAGGAUUUAGUUGCCUUGGAUUUUGAAAGGUGUGCAAGUGAAAUAUCAAAAACUAGAAAAUCUUCCACAUAAUUUGAAAACAUAAUAUCUAGGCUAAGCCUAAAUUUAAAUAUAUAGGCUAAGCCUAUAUUUAAAUAUAUACACAUAUGACAGGAUUUUUUUUCUCGUGUCAUUGUUUUAUUGUCUAUAUUAUUUAUUGCACACUGAGUGAGUUUUGCCUCAUUUAAAAUGCUUGCACCUUAGCCCACUUUUUGAAAUGGGCAUCCCCAUCCCCAUGCAUUACGGGCAUCUUGUGCACAUGACCACAGACAGGUCUUUUGCUUUCACAUUAUUUACACAACUAGGACAUAAAUGGCUUUUGACUCACCAAAGGCUCAGCACGUUCCACAAAACACAUGUAUAAAGCUACAGGAUGAAAAUGUGUGAAUGGAAAACUUUUAAACUUGAAACAAAAUCAUAAAGGUGUCUUGAUGACUUCAAUUAUUUUAAUUCAGUAGGCUUUAUACAACAUGAUUUUAAAGGGCAAAUCUUUUUUCAUAUUUCUAUCAUUAUUUUGCCCUAAAGGGGUCCAAUGUUUAAUUGCAACAGCAAGUCUUCAUGAGACACACUGUAUGAGCUAAAAUCAACUACACCUACAGACUGUAUAGUAGCCUAUAAAAUACCAUCAUAUAGCCUACCUUGUGAUGUAUUUUAAAUACAUGCCUUGUUAUUUUAUUGAGCCUAGUUUUUGAAUGUUGUGUGCAGACAGAGAGUAGUUAUUUUUGAAUGUUUCCUUUUUUCCUUUGGAAAUAAAAAAUAUCAACCAAGUCAUUCUGAAAUUCUCUUGUGUAUACAUUUUGACACCAAUCCAAGUUGCAUGGAAAAUGUGUUUUAACUUUUUAGCUUAGUCUUUUGUAUCAUACAAUAUACAAACAUACACUCAAAUGCCAGUUUAUUAAGUACACCUGUUGCAGCUAAAGCAAAUGCAGUCAAUACAACAAUCAACAGUUAAGUCUACAUUGAACCAGCUAAGUGUCCUUUGUACUACAAAUGAUUAUCAUCUAUUAUCAA